AUGGCAGUUUUAUUUGGUCUUGAAAAAGGCAAAAAGAAAACAAAUAACGGCGACGAUUUAUGCUUAACACCUUAUUGUGUCAAAGCAGCGGAUUAUUUAUUGGAUUCCAUCGAUGAAACAGUUAAUCCUUGUGAAGAUUUUUAUCAUUUUGCUUGUGGAACAUGGCUAAAAAAUGCUCAUAUUCCAGAAGAUAGUGGUGUUCAAAAUAUAUUCAAUCUUUUGGAUACACAAUUGGAUUUAAACAUAAUCGAUCUUUUAUCAUCAAAACCACCCAAUGGAACUGUUGAACCAAACGCCAUAAUAAAUGCACGCCGUUUAUAUGAUUCAUGUAUAAAUGAAGCUGGUAUCGAAACUGAUGGUGUUGAAUCUGUUCUUUCCAUUGUUAAUAAUGAACUUGGUGGAUGGCCUAUUUUACAAGGUCAUACAUGGAGUCCUCCAAAUUUUAAUUUAUCAGAUCUUUUACUCAAAUUACGUAAAUAUGAUGAUGGAGUUAUUUUUAGUGUUAAUACAGCAACGAAUCAAGAAAAUUCAUCAGUUUAUGAUAUUGAACUUGGACAAGGUACUCUCGGUUUACAAGAAACAGAAUAUUACAAUAAUGAAACUGAUAUUACUCUAGCCUAUCGUCAAUUUAUGGCUGAUUUAGCGACAGCAUUAACAAAUGACACGUCAGCAAUUAUCACUGAUGUAAUUGCAAUGUAUUUACUAGAAAAAAAUAUUUCUCAAUAUCAUUGGACUGAAUCAGAACAACGCCUUCGAGAUAAUGAAACGAUUCGAACAACUGUUGGUAAUCUUGCACAAUCAUUCAAAGUUGAUUUUGAUUUCACUAAUUAUCUUCGUCAAUCUUAUCUUUUUGGCGGUGUAAAUUUAAUGGACACAGAUCUUGUAGCUGUUAGUGAAGUUGCUUAUUUAGCAAAUGUUUCCUCAAUUCUUCAACACGCUCCAUCUCGUGUUGUACAAAAUUAUUUAAUUUGGCGUUUUAUGAUGAAUCGAGCAAGCAAUAUGCCAAAACGAAUUCGAAGUACUCGUGAACAAUUUGAUCGAGUCUUCAAAGGCACUACGGCAGAACCAUCACGUGCAAACACUUGUGCGAAUUAUGUUAAUGAUAAUAUGGGUUUUGCUGUAUCGAGACUUUAUGUUAAUAAAUAUUUUGAUGAUAAUGCUCGUAAUCAAUCAAAAGAGCUUAUUAAAAACAUUCGAAGUUCAAUGAUGACAAUGCUUCAACAAGCAACAUGGAUGGAUAAGGAAUCAAAAGAAAAAGCUGUUGAUAAGGCUCAGGCAAUCUAUGAAAAUAUUGGUUAUCCAGAUUAUGUAGCUAGUGAUAAUAUAACACAAUUGGAAAAAAUGUAUGCUGAAUAUAUUUUUAAUACAUCAUACAUUAAUAAUGUUCUUCAAAUGCAACGAGUUAAAACUCGAGAAACUUUUCGAACACUUCGUGAACCUGUCGAUCAUCGUGCAUGGGGUGAUCUUCCUCCAACUGUAGUCAAUGCUUUCUAUGAACCAUCGACAAAUGCUAUCUCUUUUCCAGCUGCUAUUCUACAAAUGCCAUAUUUUAAUAAAGAUGCACCCAAGUAUCUUAACUAUGGUGGUAUUGGCAUGGUUAUCGGACAUGAAAUAACACAUGGAUUUGAUGAUGAUGGUCGUCAAUAUGAUAAAGAUGGAAAUAGAGUUCCAUGGUGGUCAAAUAGUACAAUAGACCAAUUUAAUGAACGUAAACAAUGCAUCAUUGAUCAAUAUAGCAAUUAUACAGUGGAACAAAUCCAUAAAAAUUUGAAUGGUGAACAAACACAAGGAGAAAAUAUUGCUGACAAUGGUGGAAUUAAAAGUUCAUUCUUUGCUUAUCAAAAUUGGGUAAAGGCAAAUCCAAAUGUUGACAAGAGAUUACCAGGCUUAAGUAAAUAUUCUCAAGAACAAAUGUUCUUUAUUGGAUAUGCCCAUGGAUGGUGCGCAAAAUUUACUGAUGCUUAUGCUUUAAAUAAAGUUUUAACAGAUGUUCAUUCACUUGCACAAUUUAGAGUUCUUGGUCCACUGUCGAAUUUUGCUGAAUUCGAUCGUGUAUUCAAAUGCACACCUGGUCAAGGAAGUAGCCGAGUUAACAAGUGUGCUGUUUGUCCAAAUGACAAAUUAUGUCAUUGUAAUCGAACUAAACAUGAACAUCUCACUACGAAUGAUCAAUGGCAACAAAAUGAAAAAUGGCGUGAAGAUAUUCAUACCAUUAAAGAUUCCACAAAAGAACAAGGAAUUUCUCUGAUUAAUGGAGCACCGUAUGUACGAUGUGAUAUUGAAACUGAUCCGGCUAUUGUCGAAACGAUACUACUUGAUAUUUGGCGUAUUCCACGUCCUGCACUUUUAAUGCAAGUAACAGGCGGACAUAAAUAUUUUAAAUUACGAGGAAAAAUGGAAGUUAAUUUCCUUGAUGAUUUUGUGAAAUUUGUGAAUACUUGGUUGUUAACUAAUGGAGCAAAUGUUGGUAUUGUACAACUCAUCGGACAAGCCAUUCGUAAGAGAAAAAUGACCAAGCCAGAUGACAGGACAAUAGCCAUUGGUGUAUGUAAUUAUGGUUCAGUUAAAAAUAUGAAAGAUUUUCAACGAUCAGAACAUAUUGAAUUACUGAAUAAUUCUUCAUCAUCUCGAAAUCAAGAAUCGAAAAGUGUUACUCAACUACGAACUGGUCAGCAAAGCCUAGAAAUGAAUCAUACACAUUUUAUAUUACUUGACGAUGGAACGCUUCAAUCUUACAAUAUAGGUGAUUAUCGUACUCGACUUGCAAAAACUAUUGCUAAUGGACGUGCAAAACAAACUUUAUCAAUACCCAUUGUAUCAGUUUUAUUCGAAGGGGGCGAAGAUUCUUUAAGAUCAAUCUACAAUGAUCUUCGUAGUAAUAUUCCUGUCAUUAUUAUUAAUAAUACUGGUCGUAUCGCUGAUUAUCUUGUUCAAUGGUUAUUACGAACACAAGAAAUGGAUCUUGACAUUAAUUGGACAACACCAGUGAAUAUUAAUGACGAAAAUGGCACGCCCAUAAAUGGAAUUGAUAGUGAUCAUGCAACAAAAAUUGUUAAAUCAGAUAAUUUGAAAAAGGUCAGUGAUGAGAUUAUUCUUAUGGUUCUUUAUUGCUUACAACCAACGGUUCGUUCAAAAAUUAGUAUAUUCAAUUUCACUAAGGAUGAAAAAUUAUCAGAAAUAAUUCUUCGAAGUAUUUGUAAAUUUACGGUAUUUUUUUCUUCUCCAGCUGUAGAAAAUAAAAUCCAACCGAAGAAAUUGAAUUCGAAUAAACGUGAUGAUAUGGUAUCAAAAUUUGAUUAUUUGCUUGAAUUGGCCCUUGAUUGGGAUUGUAUUAAUACAGCAAAAGAAUGGAUUGUUCAAGAUUCUCUUGAUAAUAUUUACAAUAGAGAAUCAAUUUUUUGUCGAGCAUUAACAAAGCAACGACAUAAAUUUGUUCAUUAUUUUAUUCAACUUGGACUUGAAAUAGAUGAAAUAUUUUUUCAUCCAAAACUUAAUCCAUUUGCUGCAAGAAAUAUGAAUAAAGAAAAUAAACGUUAUAGCAAAUUUUUAAAAAUUUUAUAUACUGAAGAAGCUAUUAAUCGAGACGAUUGGUUACUUCGAGAUGUCGUGAAAACUACCAACGAUCAACAUCGAAAAGUGAUUUGUUCAACAGAUGAUCUCAAUCGGUUAUUUCGAGUUCUUGUCGGUGGCUAUAUGAAACCACUUUAUUAUGAUUCACAAAUAGAAGAACAAGAAAAUCGUAUGAGAGUUAAACAUUUUACAAAUAUUAUUUUUCCAAUGGAAGAUAUUGAACAAGGACAAUUGAUUGCUAGUGAUACUGUUUAUAAACAGUUAGCAAAAGAUUAUAUUAUUCGUGAUCUUUUUCUUUGGUCUAUUGUUAUGAAUUAUAUGGAUCUUGCUAAAGUAUUUCUUGCUCAUAUGAAAGAUCGUAUUUGUGGUGCUUUAAUAGCUACAGAAAUUCUUUCGCAUUUACGUGAUCAUUCUUCUGAUGCUGUUCAUGGAGAUAAAAAGACGAAUCUUACUUAUUGGAUUAAUUAUUUUGAACAAUACGCUAUUAAUUGUAUGGAUUUAUGUUUUAAAAAUGAUCCAAAUAUGGCUCGAAUAUUAGCUAUACAACGCGUUGAAAUGUUUGGUGAUGUAACUUGUCUACAGGUGUGUGAUGAUGCUAACUCCAAAAGAUUUGCUUCACAUCCUUGUUGUCGGCAAGCAGAGAAUAGUAUUUGGUAUGAUAAGUUACAUUCCGAUCAAUUUCAUUUACGAUAUUAUAUUGGACAAUUGAUUGGUUUGUGGACUUUAGGCUUACUUGCACCAUUUACUGUGCGUUUUCAAACAGUAGAUCAAAAUCCACUUCCGACUGAACCAAUUUUACAACCAUAUGGUAUUAAUUAUUGUGAUCCAUAUGCUAUUAGUCAUUUUGAUGAACCUAUUAAAAAGAAACUAUAUCAAAUAUGGCAAUUUCAUCAAUCUUUACAUAUUAAAUUUACCUAUCAUCAUAUUCAAUAUAUAACAUUUUUGUUUUUGUUCAGUUAUGUCCUAUUAUUUCAUUUUGAUCCGAUUAAAGCCGACCGUCCAUCAAUCGAUGCAGUAGAAAUUCUUGUUAUCAUAAUUGCUUCAUGUAUGUUUAUAGAAGAACUGCGAAUUUUUUUUAAUCAAGAUAGUCUUUCAUUUCUUGGCAAAUGUCAUAACUAUUUUCGAUAUUUUCUCAAACAAAUAUGCAUGAUCUCAUUUGUUUUAUUCUAUAUUGGUUUAAUAUUACGAUGUCAAGCUGUUGGAGAUUCUGCAACAAUUAUUAUGGGAUACGAUUUAUGGCUUUGGUGGAUGGGAUCUCUUUCAUUUAUUAUUGUUAAUCCAUUUCUUGGACCACAUUUAGUUUCGAUUGGAAAGAUGUUGAAAAAUUUAGCAUUUUUUGCUAUUUUAAUUGCUAUUGUUAUGACUGCUUAUGGUGUAGCUUCACGAUCGAUGGCUUUUUAUGGUGCAUUUGAAUUUAGUAUUCGUAAUGUACUUCGUUAUGUUCUAUAUCCUGUUUAUUAUUUACUCUAUACAAAUGUAUCUGGUGAAUUAAAUGGAUUAGACGAAUCGAAACAUGACAGUCCAAGUAUUGCUACGCAUAUUUUACUUGCUUUUCAUAUGCUUUUAAUUAAUAUUCUUCUUGUCAAUUUGCUUAUUGCUAUGUUUAAUAAGAGCUUUCAAGAUGUACAAUCAAUUCAAUCGGAUAUUUGGAAUUAUCAACAAUAUAUGGUUGUUCGUGAAUAUUAUGAUCGAGCACCAUUAUUUAUUCCGUUUAGUACUAUAUUUGAUAUUAUAACUUUGAUGAAAACAUUUUAUCAAUGGUAUCUUCGAGUGCGUUAUAAUUAUGCUAAUCCAUCAGAACGAGUGUUUAAAGUAAUUGCUGUUCAACCGGAACUUGAACUUGCUUGGCAAGAAUUUGAGAGUGCAUCAACUUAUGCUUAUGCGCAAAAUGAAGCAUUAGCCAAAAUUAAAAGAAUAACUAUAGAGAAUGCAACAUGUUCACAAGAAUCGAAUACAAGUGGAAUAAGAUCUAUGGACGAUGUUGAAUCAUUUGAUAGAAAUAUUACUAAAAAAGAGACAGAUGCAAUUAUUCAGCUACGCAAUGAAUUCAAAGCAGCAAUUAAAGAUCUUCGAAAUGAUAUACGUCUUAUCACAAAGCAAAAGUGA